UCUAGGUCCAACUCUCUUUCUGCCUCCCUUUGCUCUCCACCCAUUAGCGGUGUCUGAGGAACAACUGGCUUCUACGUUUCUUUUAUAAUGAAUUAAAUGAGCAAUCUUACCACAAAGUAUCACGCUUGGCCGAUCCCAUACGCGCCCGACCGGACUCGCGUUUUAUCGUGAUUUUACGGUCGGCUUCCGAUAAACGACUAAUGUUUCUCAAUCGCCGAGUUUGAAUCAAGAACGGUCCUCACGAACAAUGGCAGAUGAUUACGAAAGCCCCUCCUCCCCGGAGGAGGCGCCAGUCGAGUCGCUCAUUCAGGGGCGUGCGAAGCGAAGCACAGCCGGCCUUCAUAUGUCAGCUCUCCUGGACGCCGCUGCCGACGAUGAUCUUGCGCUCUUGUUCGAGGAAGUGGAGGAUGACAACGAGUUUGCGAUGGAUGUGGAGGAAGAAGGGGGAGAAGAGGAUGAUAUGCGCUUCGAGUCUUCCUCGGAUGAUGAGGAUGAUCAAGGACCUGAGUCUCGAGCUGACGACAUGGAAGGGGAGCAACAACUACAGAAGGAGGAGCGACAAGAGAAGAAAAAAAAGAGAGCGCGAGAAGACCUUCGAUUCAAGAUAGCCAGCAAGAAGGUGAAAAUCGAUCCUACUGCUGUGUCUACAGUGCCUGCUCCUCGCCCCAAGAAGAAGUCAGAGCGUAUCUCAUGGAUCCCCACGCCGGAAGAAGGGCCCACGCGAUCAUCCUCUCGUCGCCAGACUAUGCAGAACAAGGAACUUACGCAUGCACGCCUGAAGGACAGCGAAGAGAAGCGCAUCCGCCUCAUUGCCACCAUGGAGGAGGCAGCUAAAAGGAAGGCCCAGUUCAAGCCGAAGGAGAUGACGCAAGCCGAGCGUCUUGCAGAAGCCGAAAGGGUGGAGAGGCAUAACAGCAAGAGUCUUAACCGAUGGGAAGAAAUGGAAAAGAGGAAGGCUGAAGAAAGACGUGCGAAGAUCGAGGCCCUUCAAAAUCGCCGCCUUGAAGGUCCGGUUAUGUCGUACUGGAGUGGCAUAGCAACCUGGGUUAAUGGUCGCUUAACGCGCAUUGGCAAGGUUGAUGUAACGCCAAAACCGGAGAAGGAGGAUAAUAAUACACGCAAGAAAAGCAAGAAGACGGACAAAGAGAAUAAAAAUGUGAUAGAGCAAAACCCGACCGAGAAUCCUAUUGUUGUUGGUUCUGCCACGUCGCAAACAGCCCCUCCUCCCACCCAAACUGAGGGUUCUACGCUACCACAAACAUCCGGCGACGGAGAGCCUGCAAAACCGAACCAAAACCCUGAACAGCAGCAAACAAGCUCUGAGCCCACUCAGACCAAUGGCGCAAUAUCCCAAGAGAAACCCGUUGAUACGCCAAUGGAGGAACCCACCCCCUCUCAGGUGAACACAGAGGCUCCUGCUGCUGCUGAUCCUGUACAGCCUGCCACAACUGCAGUCAACGACGAGUCUGCUACAGAAGCAGUGCCAGAAUCAGGUUCAUCAAAAGUCGAAGAUGAAAAGAAAGAGGAAGCUACUGAGACCAAGGCUCCAGAUGCAGCUCCGGAAGAGGGCACGUCAGAUGAGAAGCCAAAUGUACAACAAAAAGACGACACUAUACACGCAGUUGACGCUCAACAGCCCACGUCGCAGCAGUCUGGCGAGAAGCCUACGCUAGAAUCCGAACAGCAGCCUGACCGAGAUCCACCAUCUGCGGCCGCAAAGUCUGAUGACGCAUCGAAGGAAACAGUCCCUGACCCAACCGCAGCCGCUGAAGCUGUAUCUGAGCCUGCUAGGAUGCAGCAGGAGCUGUCUACUACUACAGUACCAGAUGUUACUGUUGCCCCUUCGCAGACUAACCCGCAGAAGGAGACGUCCAAUCAAACACAACCGGGCCAAGAGGCUCCGGAGGUGCAUACAGACCAGCCAGUUGUUGUGACUGAGGAAACCCCACAACCGCAGGUUCCAGAGGCCCCUCCAGUUAUCGAGCAAACAGGACGAACCCUUACGGUGUUGGAGAACUUUGAUGACAAGACCGCCCAAAGUCGCGAGUUCAGUAUCUACUUCAACGCAAAGAAACCUCCUAGGCUAACCAAAAUCUCUUCAUCCCUCUGCGUUAUUACAUCACUUCCCUCGCGCUAUCGGGAUCCCGAGACCUCCCUGCCCUUCGCAAACUCACAUGCUUACAAUGAAAUCCGACAUACGGUGGCACAAAAGUACAGUUGGAGCCCGAUGCUGGGAUGCUACGUUGGUCCUGUCGGAGUCGCUGCGCGAGGAGUACCGGCGCGGUUCCUCGGCGGCCCUGAAGCAAAAGAAGAAGAAGCAAAAGAGAACGGAAAGGGCGAUAAAGGCGCUAGCAACGAGGCCACCACUACUACUGACAAAACAGAAAAAGAAAAAGAGAAAGAGAGCGAAGCAAAGACUUCCACCAAAGAGGCUCCAUCUACAUCCAGCCCUUCAGCUGCAGCUGCACCCGCUUCCGCACCCACACCAACAGCCACCCCCGUUGCAGCUACCGUGGGCGAUCCAAUGGAUGUCGAUAAAUGAUUUCCCCUCUUCCCUUCCAGGCUCGACGACCUGGGAAAAAAGACGGAGUGGAUAUUAGUAUUCUAUUGCUCCGGCGUCUUUAUGUUUCUAUGCCAAAGAUACCCACUAUUACAUCUACACCAUCGUCUCUGAUCACAUGGCUCAAAGCAUAUCAUACGUAAUAU